UUGUCGGGUGUUGUUGGUGACUACCACCUAGAAGUCGAUGUAGGUCACAUCCGUAUAAGUGUGUUGCAAUCUAUUUAUGCUCUUUUCAUUGGAGCGUUCCCUACCUGAUAGCGUGUACACAGAGAAAUUGAUUCGAGGGUUUUACAGUUACAUUGUGAGGUGAUCUACUAAUGUCAGUCUUGCAUGAGAGCUCGCCACAGCGACAGGAAGCCAUUAUGAACAUACCUUAUUUCUUUGGAUUAUGUGUGUUGUUGUUGUAUGGGCCGCUGGUCUCAGGUGCGUGCAAUGUCACGCUCCAUGCACAGAGGGAACCGCUGAAUUUCACAUCUCCUAACUACCCGGGCAACUACGGAAACCAUGAAAACUGUUAUUGGGACAUCUACCCUGAAACAAGCGGCUUCAGGGUUGUGCUCGAAAUGGUGUAUUCCAAUAUCGAAUACAAGUCCACCUGUGCAUACGACGUCCUCACCAUAGACGUCAUAAAUAAUGGUAAUCAAAGUAAAGCCUCUUCGCGUAGAAUCUGUGGAGAAAACAGAUGGAAUAUUCUCAUCCAAGAAGACCAACAUAUCCAUGCAGUGUUCAAGACUGAUGCCAGUGAAACCAGAAGUGGUUUUCUAAUUAGAUACUAUGAGAAAAAUGGUACCGGAAACUGCGGUGUACAUCUCGUAGCAACUUCUGUCGGCAAGACAUUUACCUCGCCUGGAUACCCAAACUCCUACUUCCUGAGUCAGACAUGUACCUGGACUAUUACAGCAGAACAUCGAAACCAAACCAUUCAAUUGGACACCAUGGACUCGGUACUUCAGAACGUCUCAUCUCGUGGAACUUGCAACAAUGAUUAUGUCACUGUAUACAACGGUCAAUACGGUUCCUACCAGCUCGGCACUUUCUGUGGCAACGAAAGACCUGUUUUUAACAGUGGUGGGAACGCCUUGAGUGUUCGUCUACGAACUGAUUCUUCGCAAAUCUACAAAGGAUUCAAAAUGCUAUACAAAGCUCUACCGGCAACAACGUGCAACGUCAAGCUUCCCGCAGUUUACAGUCCAAUGGUGAUUGUCUCCCCUGGGCUAUCCAAGGAACUACGUAAAUGGAUUGGACUGUCAGUGGACUCUAAAUGCACCGAUAGGAAGAAAUAUCACGGUGAAAGUUUUGUUUCUUGAUUUGGAAAAGGUGGCAUCGUGCAUAGAUGAUUAUCUACUGUUUAAAGAUGGUACGGCGAACGAUGCUCGCCAACUAGCAAAGAUUUGUGAUAGCCAACGAAAAGAAAAAUGCGUCUACUCCCAUCGUCAGCUCCAGUAACCAUAUGACCAUCAAGUUUCACUCAAAC